UCUGGUUCCCUAACACGAAGUUAACCAGUCGCUGUAAAUUUGCACUGAAAAUGAGAAAUGAUAUUCCAUCUACUUUAACGCGUACAAUUGUGUGUAAACAGGGUGCAGUGCGUGCUGUUAGAUUUAAUGGAGAUGGUAACUACUGUAUAACCUGUGGAAGUGACAAAUCUGUCAAAUUAUGGAAUCCACAUAGGGAGGUAUUAUUGAAGACAUACAGUGGACAUGGGUAUGAAGUUCUAGAUGCUCAGGCAUCAUGCGAUAACAGUCAGAUAUGUUCCUGUGGAAUGGAUAAAUCAGUCGUUGUAUUUGAUGUUGCCACUGGUAAUGCUGUGAGGAAAUAUAGAGGACAUGCAGGAACAGUGAAUUGUGUAAAGUUUAAUGAAGAAUCAACACUGGUAUUGUCUGGUUCUGUAGAUGGAACUAUCAGGACAUGGGAUUGUAGAACUCGUAAAAUGGAUCCCAUUCAGAUUCUUGAUGAGGCUACAGACAGUGUGACAUCUUUACAAGUAUCAGAUUAUGAAAUUUUAUCAGGAUCAGCUGAUGGCUGUAUCAGAAGAUAUGACUUACGCAAUGGUAAAAUGUUUGUAGAUUUUAUUGGAAAAUCUGUGUCAUCCACAUCGUUUACCAGAGAUGGUCAGUGUGUGUUGACAAGUACUAUGGAUGAUUCUAUUAAACUGAUGGAUAAAGAUACGGGAGAAAUGUUAAAUGAGUUCAAAGGUCACCAGAAUCAUGACUAUAAAAUUGACAACUGUUUGAAUCGUGAGGACACCUGUGUUGUAUCUGGUUCAGAGGAUGGAUAUGUAUAUUUCUGGGAUUUAGUAGAGGCAAAAGUGAUUCAUAAGAUGCAACAUGAGGGUCAUAAAGUGGUACAUUCCUUGACAUUCCAUCCAACAGAGACAUGUCUAGUGACUGCAGCGGCUGAUAAAAUAUAUGUGUGGCGAUCAAGUCCAGCCAGUGAAGAUGGAUGAUUGGACACAAUGCUGAUGAUAAAAAAAAUGUGUAGUGAUCAAGUUAGGCCAGUAACCAUUAAUCAAUGGACAUGCUGAUGAUGACAAACACUUCUUGUUAUCUAGUCGUCUUACUGACUAUUUUAACAAGUCAAGUGAUUUGUCAACCAAUGUUGAAAAUGAGAGACUUUCAAAACUGUUUGUCCAUCGAUUGUAAUCUACAGAACAAUACAUAUUAAAGAGGAUAACAGCUAACUGUUUAAAUGAGAUCACAGAACAUCAUUUAAAUGUAAAAGAACACAAGCUAUUAUAGAGUUAUUACAUUUAUAUAUGAUUCAGAUUAAAAUGAUUUAUAACUAACAUGUAAAGUGUUAGUUAAUCAAAGAUAUAUAUGUAUGAUAAUUGUAUCAUGUUAAUUAUCUAUGGGAUGUUCCAUUUAAACACACAGGGAAUACCACCCACUAGCCAAAAUCUUGCAUAGCAACAGAGACAUAACUGAUAGCAGCAGCAACAUAAAGCACUAUAAAUGGAUAUUCCAUUUUCAAAGUAAUUUCUUUCCCUGUGACCAUAGUAUGUUCUAAUUUUGAACUAAAUUACAGAUAUAAUUUUUGUCCUUGAAUUAUGUUUUGGUGCAGUGAUCCUAUCCUUCUUUUUAAAAUCUGUUUCCAUGUGAAUACUUAUCUUUUUUACCUACUGUGAAAGUACUUUUAUUCGUUGGGUACCAAUUUUCGUGGUUUUCAUGGAUGACUUUAUCCACGAAUUUAAGUGUCCAACGAAAUAAAACAACCAUUGUCCAAAUUAAGACAUGGAGAGAUCCCCGUCGGUAGGUUUGACUACUUUUAUGAUGUAGAAAAUAUUUUGAAUAACGCCAAAUCUGAGAAUAUUUUAAUAGCAGUCACAGAACUACAACUGCAUGCAGGAUUAUACCCAUUUAAUCUCUAAUAACCUGAACUGUGAUCUUUUAAUUCUCAUAAAAAUAUUUUUGAUCGCUGAAAGUCAGAUUUCCGGUAUUGAUAUGCUAGUAUGAUAAAGUGUUCAUUUUAUAUCCUCAAUUAUGGUACAUAUGGGAUCGAAAUAAUAAUUCAAUGUUGGGGUUAAUUUUGAUAAGAAUUAUUUGACAAUUCAAGAUACGUUGAUGGCAUUGUUUAUGUAACUGUUUUCUUUAGGUGACAAGUUUAUGGCCUUAUUAAGACCUUUGAUCUUUAUCAUGGGUUAAUUAGUGUUAUAACUACCAUUUACACGGGUCAAUGUUUACUUUGCAAUUUCCUUUAAUCCAGACUAUUUGUAACCUUCGUUUCUAAAGGCUUUAAUUUUUCAAUUAUUAUAUUUUUUUUAGAAAACUAAAAUCCACGAAUUUAAAAACCCACGAAUAUGUAAAUAAAGCUCAAACCACGAAAAUUGAUACCCACGAAUUAAAGUACUUUCACAGUAUCUGACAAUAUUUCAUACACAAUAAUGCUUACAAAUUUUGUCUAAAUAAUUUAACAACAUGGGUAGUUGUUAAUUUUCUAAUUUAUUACUUGGUAUAAAUAUUAUGUUUGGAAUUUCCCUGUAUAAAAAAACAAAGAUUAAACAGUUCGUCUAUUAUUGUUAAAAUAUUUUGUUAUGUGUAUAGAUGUUGACAAUUUGUUCAUUUGAAAAAUAAAUGGGAGAUAACUCUGUCUGACUUAUGCAUUGCAUGAAUAAUCUCCCUUAUAAUGAAUCUUUGAAUGUAAAAAUGAGAUGAAUUUCAUUCAUUCAGAGAGUAUAUUAAAAUCACCUUCAGUCAAUGGAAAGAAAGUUAAAAGAAACGCUGUGUAAAGUUUGAAAUACAUAGUAUCUUGGCCUUUAUAUCUGAAUAGACAAUAUGGGUUUUGUGCAGUGUUUAAGGCCAUUUAUUGACCACUAGUAAAAUGACUUUUAUGCCAUUUGGUCUCUGGUGGAGAGCUGUCUCAUUGGCAAACAUACCACAUCUUCUUUUCUUUUUUUCUUUUUUUUUUAUAAGCAUGAAUGAGACAGUUGGUUCUAUUUGUAAUACCUGUAUCUUUCAGAGCUUACUAUAUGGUAAGUUUUUUCUCAUUAUUUAAGGAUUUGCAAUGACCUGUAGUUAAUCAUAUCAUGGUCUUUUGGUCUCUGGUUGAUAUUGCAGUCUAGUUGUUUAAUCAUAUCACAUUUCCUAAUUUUAUAUUAUUAUUUUUUUAAAUAUUUAUACUAAACGUGAGCUACAUUGAUUAUAUAUAUAUAUUUUUCUGUCAAAGAAAGUUUGAAACAUUUUCUACUAUUUGUUUGUUUUG